AGUGCGACGUUUUAUUAAUGUUGUAAGAUGGCGACGGUGCAUCUGAGAAUCGGAGACCUGGUGUGGUGAGAUAACCCUUUAAACAUUGUUAAACCGCUACGAAUUUCUGAAAUCAUCUUCAACGCGGGCACCAUAUUGUCGUAUCAGGGAGUUAAGCGUAGAUGUUUCGCGUAGACGUUAUUUAUGCAAGUUAACGCCUCCUGUGCUCGUUGAUGUUAACCUAAACAAACUGCUAGCUGAGCUGACUCAGCCAGCAGCGUCGUUAGCUGCAAGCUAGCGGACAAACCAAAGACAACGUUAAAAAACCAAAACGUGACAUAUUCAUACAUCCUCACCCGAAAGAAAUCAAAUAUUCACCGGAUGAGUGAAGUUUUAGAUGUUUACUUUACACUAACUUUACAAUGUUGUUGAAAUGUUGUGGUGUGUGACGAGGUUUGCUAGCGAUUUAGCUCGAGCGGAUAUCUAACUUAUUUGGGACGAUAGCUUUGCCGUUUGGCUUCCGUGUUUUCUGUUAGAGCUGUUUCUCUUCACUUAGACAAACAAGAUAUAUAUUUUACUUUGUAUAUCGUCCAAACUUAAUGAGAACAAUUGCUGCAAAUUGUGUGUUUUGUGCGAAUGACCCGAAUAAUCCGCACCACCGAGGUAAUCCGAACGUUAAAUUAGCGACCGUUUGUUUGAAACUGUAACAGCGCUUGGUUUCCUCAAGAGGAUUUAAAAUCGUAACUUUAUGUGUUUUAAACUUUAAAACCUGACAAUUUUGGAUCACAAUUUAAAUAUUAAAUCCACAACAUUACGUUUUAUACACUGUUUUAGUAAGAAUAUUCAUAAUAAUGACAACAACAACAGUGAGACGUGCAAAAUCAUGUUAAACUUUUGGCACUUUUUAUAAAAACACUUGAGUAAAUCCAGAGAAAAAGUUACUAAAUAGACCAUUUACAUGUUUGACCGUGAAAGUAACAGGGGAUAAUCAUUUAUUGUCAUCACUGACAGUUUUAACUUAAUGAAAUGUUGGCUGUAACUCCCUGUAUGCUGCCUGUAGAUUUUGUGGUGAUAUGUAAUGAUAAGGACUGUUGCCAAUCACCGUUAUGAAUUUAGGGUUCAAUAGAGAAUAAACAGCUGUCAAAAUUGUGGUUUGUUAUUAAACUUCCCAAAGGAGGAUUAAAGAGAAUUAUACAUUUCUCAGACAUGUACUUGGAGCCUCUGCACUUGACAGCUUUUGAUAAUGGUAAACCUCUUGAAUAUUAACCUUGCCAGAACAAAAUGUAAUAGGAAAACUGAUCACAUUAUUGAAUCAGAAAAGUUUUAGGCAUUACACUUUGCUCUUCUUCACAUUGGCCCUCAUUUGUCAAGCUUGCGUACGGCAGAAAACUUGCAUACACCGUGCGUACGUGAGGAUCAGCAUUUAUCCAUCUGCACGUGAGCGUACACUACGACCAAAUCUUAAGACAGGUCUGACAUCGUGUACGCAAAUUUGACUCUGUGUGGAUUUGCAGUGCAGCAAAUGUCUGUCUCAAAAUAACUGAUAAACAAACCUCAAACCUGUUAAGCACAACCAGCCAGAUUUCAUUAAAGAUUAAGACGUAAAUAAAAAAAAAAUACAUUUGUUAUGUCCUUAGUGAAUAAGCCUAUUUGAUAGAAACACUGCCACAGAGCAGGAGCGCCAUUUUAACAUUGAGCACACAUGCACACGCGCCACCGUGGAGCGCUGCAUUUCCGACCAUAAAUCUCAUGUGUGUCCUAUCAAACUAUGAAUCCUGCGCUCAGUUUUACGCAAGAUUGAUAUGAGGGCCAUUGUGUCUAAAUGUUGAGAAAGAUGCACACCAGGUUUUAAUAGAAUGACUUUUCUCUAAAGGGGGAAGCUUGGCCGUUACCCACCAUGGCCAGGAAAAGUAAGUGUGACCAACUCAACAGUAAUCCUAACAUUUCCUUGAAAUUCUCCACUAAUAUUGUCCUUUUUAAAUAUUCAUUUCAGAUAGUGAGUCCUCCAAAGGAUCUGAAAAAGCCAAGGGGCAAAAAAUGUCAUUUUGUGAAAUUCUUUGGAACUGAAGACCAGUAAGUCUGGAUAGAGAGAUACUUGAUCAAAUCAUUCUUGCAUUUCUUUCUUCAUGUGUGAGAGCUGUGUUUCUGUGUACCUGUCUCACAGCGCCUGGAUUAAAGUGGAGCAGCUGAAGCCAUACCACGCCCACAAAGAAGAAAUGAUCAAGAUAAAUAAAGGAAAGCGUUUUCAGCAGGCAGUUGAUGCAGUGGAAGACUUCCUCAAGAAAGCAAAGGGGAAAGAUCAGGUAAAGGGGAAUUUAUUGAACUCUUAAUCCAGCUCAACAUUUCUUUUCAAAACAACACAUUUAAACGCUACUUUGUGUAUUUGACCGUUAUAAUGUACAUGUUAAGAAUACAAGUGUGAUGGGUGUUUAAGAAAGAUGAUUUAAAGCAUUUAGAGACAUAAUUUUGGGAUUACUUGUUUUGUCAGAGUUGUGGAUUGUGUGAUGCAACAUGACAAAACCCACCAUUGUUCUGCCUCACUAUUGCCACAACACAAAAUAGCUUGAAGGGCACUUCUAGGUCAAAGAAACUUCCAGUUUGGUAGCGAGACUUAUCUUGAGUAGUAGUAAAUUCUGCUUGGUGUCAUGUUCAGUAUCUACAAGUGUUUAUUCAGGCCGACACAUGGUCUCUGUGGAGGCCAUCUGCCAGCCAAAAUGAGUGCACCUGACAUUUGGGAAAACAAUUAUCUCUUGUCCCCUGUAAACAGCUAAGAUGAUGCUAUUUUUAACCCAUUAGGCACACACACUUUGACCACACUCUGCUGAGAGGGAAGAUGUCACGCAGAAAGUAACAAACUAUGUUUUCAACAGAACUCUGACAGCAAAGGAGAAUCAAAAGGAAAGAAAACACCCAACAAGCCACUGAAAAUACUUGAGGAGGAGGAUGAAGAUCUCAGUGCCCUAAGGGACCCAUCUGAGAAGGUAUGGGGACACUGAAAAGUUUUUUUUGUAAGCACCAGUUAAGUGUAGAUCUUUUAAAAAUGUGCAAAUCUGGCAAAAAGAGUGUAAUAGAGACCAAAUAACAGUUAAAAUAACGUGGAAAAAACUGUGUCACAGACACCAAACAAAUUGGUAUAUAACGUACAUAUGUCCUCUUGAAGAUGCAGCACAGUGCAACACCCAAAACUUAAAAAAAAAAAAAAAUUAUUAAAAAAAAUAAAGUUGGAUAAUGAAAAAAUGCCUCUCAAUUUAGUUUCAGUUUUGAAGCAAGUUUGCUGGGUGGCUUGUUUCGCUUUUCAUUUAUCGUAACUUAAGAAUUUUCUGCUGCUAGUUUGUGUAAAACUCUGUACAUAAUACAGUCCCUUGAAAUUGUGUUCCUCCUAAUCAACAAAGUUGUCUCUCCUUCCAAAAUCAGUCUCUGUUUCAUUGAAGCCUUUUCAGCUUUGAUAGGCUAGAUUUGGGGUUGAAGUUGCUGUUAGAGCUACAGUCUUUUUAGCCAGUUCAGUCCAUAAAAUGAAGGUAAAGCAUGGACAGAGGCAGAGCUGGUCGCUGUAUCUUCACUGAAAUCAGUAUUGUAGCUUCACGAUAGCUUUCCCUUUUUGAGUGUGUACAAAAAUGUUUUCAGGGGAUACUGGUAAACAUUUAUCCACCCCUGACCUAAGUGCCAGUGAACUUUUUCUGAUUCGGGUUCACUGACCUACUUUUGAGGAGAUGCACCUCUCCCUCACAGUUAGCUGCUGAAAUAUUAAACAGAAGAUAGUAUAUUAUCUGGCUGAAAGGGAUGAUGAUUUUUGAAUGACUGUUCAUUGAUGACUCUGAAUGGGUAAAGUUCACCUGUUUCAGCGUCAUCAUAAGCACUAACAUUAGUUGGAUCCAAAGCCAGUGAUGGCAGCUGUCAGUUGUCAACUGGACAGCUGGGGAAAAAAAGUGAGCUUCUUGUGACGUUGUGCAGCAGAAGGCAGAUGUUGGAGUUGAUGUGUUUUUCAGCACAUCUAUCAACUGUUACUCUCAAAUUCCUUGAGGAGACUAUGAGAAGAGCUGAUGAGUAUUUUUUUGUUAAUCAUAUAUGCCCAGUACCUGUAGUUAUAGCUUGGUGAAGAUGCAUACGACUUCUAUUGAAGUGUAUCCCAAUGGCAAAAUGCAUUUUUCCUUUUCAACCUCUUGAUUGCAUGCAGAUCAGUUUUGUAUGGAUCAUCCUACUCAGAAGAAGAAUUUCCAAAGUCACUGAGCUGCUGGUCUAAGACUGAGCCAAUUGAAACUGAUGAUUGAUGAAAGUUUGCCACAGCUGCAAUUCCUGCUUUGGUCUUCACUUUUAGUUGUUAAAAUAAUGCUUUAAGUCCAAUGAAAUAAUUUCUAUCCAAAGAAAUCCAACAUCAAGAAAGUCCUGUUCUCCACUGUAUGAACUUAUGUUGUAGAAAACACAGUUGUAAUACAACGCCAAAAAAAAAACCCCAAUACAGGACACAUUGAUCCAAACCCCACAGGUGAAGAGGUUUAUGUGUGUCUCUCUCCUCCCCUAAGGACUUAACUGACUCUGAUCCAGAGCCAUCAACUAUUGAGAGGCUUGGGGGUGGACCCUGCUCAGGAUUCAAAUGGGAAAGCAGUGUAGGUGAACCCCCUCUCCCCCCCUACCACCGAGCUUGUCUUGCCUUGCUGUUUUGUACUUCUACCUUGACCUUGACCUUUGGCUUGAAAUUGAAUUAACUGCAAACCUUUCCCUUCUGACCUUUUUGGUUCUCACUCUGAAUUACUGAACCUGUUUGCUUGGCGUGUGCUAUUGAGGUGGUUAUUGAUGCUGAGUGUGUCGCCUCCCAGAAUGGUUUGAGUUUGGCUACGUUUUUUCCAACUUCCCUCAUUCUUUAAGCUUAAUGAUCAGUACUAUUAGUAAUGGCAGCCAAUCGCAGAUAACACUUGGAAAACUGUGUAUUCCUCCUUAAUUGGUAUAGCUUUUCAGUAGGUGAGUGGGCAUGUGAAUGGACUAAGUGGUAAAUGUACCAUCUUUAUAUCGUUUUUGUAGCCCUCUGACCACUUAAAGUACUAAUCCCAUUCACACACUGCAGGGACAGGUGAGUUUCAGUGUCUUGCUCAAGGACACCUUAGUGUGUAGAUGAUGGGAACUGAGAUUGAACCCCCAACCCUCUGAUUGGGAGACAAGAAACCGUGCAUGAGUUUCCACUAACAUUAAGAAACACAGACAGUGACUGGUUUGUGGGUUAAAUUGAUCAAAUUGAAAACUUCUGCUAAGCUUUCUUAUGCAUUACAAAGUUGUGUUCUUCCUGCUCACCUUGAUAAAUAUUGCUACACAUGAGCACAUCCGAGGCUUUUAGAGUUUUGAUUUGAACCUGUUAUACAGGGAAACUGCCAUCAAUAUCAAUCAGCAACAGAAGUUAUUUUAAGCCUGGAUGGAACUGCACCCAAAUUCUUCACCAGGAACUCUCUAAAGUCAUUUUGUAGGAAGGCUGUUAAAGGGCCCUGUUUAUGUUCUCUACCAGGACGCUGCAUGUUCACUAGGAGGUCUGUCACACUGAACUUUGCUUUUCUGUUGCAGCCUGUGAAGGAUGACCCACAUUUCCAUCACUUUCUACUCAGCCAGUCUGAGAAGGUAAGAGGAAACCUGCUUCUUCGUAUUCUGACAUUGCUACAUCAGCCUCGGUUUCAAAGUGUCGGUUAGCCUUUUCUUCUGUGAGUUUGAAUAUGUGAUCCUACCAUCUGGUGCUCACCUCUCAGUAGCCCACCCUCUAAAGACAUGCAAACCUCCGAGCCGUUUGUUCCUUUGAAGUCAGGACAACGCCUUAUGUAUCAAGUGUAAACACUGGCCACUCUCGCCCUUUUACGUAUGUAGCACACUGCAGGACAUUCAUUGAAAACCCAGUCUACAAACAGAUACUCAGUUUGGUGUAGGCAAAGGCUGACCCCAGUGUUGAACAAUUGAAGAAACAGAGCCUCAACACUAUAGACGGUGCUAAUAUCACUGCAACGUGUGUAAUAUAAACACAAAAGUGGAAACAGUAUACAUGCAACUGAGCAAGCAGAGAAGACGGCUGCUUUUACAUUAUUAAACAUGGUAGUUGUGCCAUGUAAACAUGCUGGUGUUUAAAGGUUUCAUUGUUUUUUUGUCUACAGCCAGCAUCAUCAAUGGAACCCAUAAGCAAGCGCCUGAAGAUCAUUGAAGAGGUAAAGUAGACAGUAAAUAUAGGUACUAGGGCCCAACCGAUAUGGAUUUUUGGGAGCUGAUGCCGAUACAGAUUAUUCGGUCGAUUUUUAAAUUUUUUUAGGAAGUUAUAAAAAAUAUAUAUAUACCGUAGAUAUCUACAGUAUACUAUAGAUAUACUGUAGGUUACUGCUCUUCAUGCCGACAGGAAGACCGACUGAUCAAACAAGGACCAGGAAAGCGUUUUCAACUACCCUUGCGCGCCGAUCGGUGCCUCCGCGUCUUAACCCAUGUUACUCAUUUCUGGUCCACUCUCAUCUGAAGACAUGCAGCUGCCUCAGUAAGAGAAGUAGCUCGAUCACGUAAUGUGUACUGUUGUUUAUUCUACCGUCACUGGCACGGCUAACAGUGUAGCAAGGCUAAUAGCAGGUGGCUAACUCUAACUUUAGCUUGCAUAUUACAUGGUGCUUCACCGUUAACUCGGCGUGACCAAGACCAGCACAGCGGGGAACAUCAUGAAGUGGGUUGAACUGAAACUUGUUGACUUAUUGUGUAUUUCACAAACUGGUUUAUUUACCGUUGAGGUGGACCACUCUCCUCCGUGCGUCACUGAGCUGCCUGCUUCAGAUCCAUCACUCUGCUGUGCUGUGAGGUAGUUAGUGGAUGAAGAUUGUCAUGAGGUUGCGGCGCCAUCUACAGGAUAAGUAGGAGUUUUGGCCGAUUACUGAUUAGUCUCAAACGGGCUAAAACUGGCCGAUUCAAUCGGUUUGCUGAUAAAUCGGUCGGGCCCUAAUAGGUACAAGUAAAAAGUCAAUGCACUGAACCUCGUGGUUUAAGCCCAGGAUCCACAGCUCACAUGCACCUGACAACACCAGCGUCUGUGCCAGCAGUGUGAGAAGGGAAGUGGUUAUCACUGAUUAGAUAGCAGCCUUCGCCACUAGCCUGCAUGUGAAUGGAUGAGCGGUUCAAGUAAUGCAAAAGUGCUUUGAGUGAUCAUAAAACCAGACAAGGCAUUGAAAAUUAAGUCUAUAUUUGAUUCAUUUAAUUACUGACAUUUACACUUACACAUAUAUUUUAAUUACACAGAAUUGUAAAGGUGACUGUUGUGUUUGACUUGGCAGGACACUGGGUCAACAUCUAUCCAAGCAGCAGACAGCACAGCCAUCAACGGCAGCAUCACACCAACAGAUAAGAGGUACUGACACAUUACUAUUGAAGCAGUGCAGAGUAUCAUGAUUGAUCAAAAUGACAUAUUAAAUUGAUAACUAGUUUAAUUUAAUUUAGAGAUCAGUGAAAGUGAUUUUAUGAGCCAUCUUUGGUAGUAUUUGGAUUUUAACCAAGAGUACACACUGACAAGCGUUGGCUUGUUUGUGUUUUGAUUGUGUGUUUCUUUUGGUCCACCAGGAUAGGGUUCCUGGGUCUUGGGCUGAUGGGUAGUGGUAUUGUUUCCAACCUUCUGAAAAUGGGUCACGUUGUCACAGUGUGGAACCGUACAGCAGAAAAGGUACAGUCAUGAAACCCAGCAAUUUUCAAAGAGUGCAGCUUUUGGUAAACCAGACAGUGCUCUUAAAACUGGUUUGCUGCUGAGGGUCAAUAAGCGAAUACCCUUUGUGUUCCAGUGUGACUUGUUCAUCCAGGAAGGGGCAAGGUUGGGCCGUACUCCCGCAGAAGUUGCUUCCAUGUGUGAUAUCACUUUCUCGUGUGUGUCAGACCCAAAGGCCGCCAGGGAUGUAAGUACUUUCUUAACUGUCUGGUAUUUCUGUGCGAUCCAAAGCCUUAUGGGUAGAAAAAUCCGGUUUAAGUACCUGUGGUUGUUCCUCUUCAGUUGGUGAUGGGACCCAGUGGAGUGCUGCAAGGAAUCAGGCCAGGCAAGUGCUACGUAGAGAUGUCCACGGUAGACCCAGAGACCAUCACAGAACUGUCACAGGUAUAUGGUCGAAAUGAUAAUCCCAUUUUUUUUUAUGGUCAAUGAAAUCAGGGUUAUAAAACAUGAUUACAUUUUCAUUUCAGGGGAUAAAACUGCCUCAAAUAUAUUUACUUUUAUGACUUUGAUGAUUAGAACACCAGAUUUAUACUUGUUAGUGUGGGAUCAUCAUUGACUAUUUCUAUGGCAGGUGAUCACAUCACGGGGCGGGCGUUUCUUGGAGGCUCCAGUCGCAGGAAGUCAGCAGCUCUCCAACGACGGGAUGCUUGUUAUCCUGGCAGCCGGUGACAGAACAGUCUACGAGGACUGCAGCAGCUGUUUCCAGGCGAUGGGCAAGACCUCCUUCUUCCUGGGUAUGAAAGUCUUCAUGUUCAGUGUUACUGCAGUGCGCUACAAAGAUAAACUAAAGGAUCUUUCCAGCUUUCUGUUUCCUGUUCUGAACAGUUUUCAGGCCAACAGCAAUAAUAGCAGGCGCAUAUUGUCCUUGGCAUUCAAAUUCCCCAGCCUACAUGAUACCUGUGCCACUUGGUCAUAUGAUCAUUUGUGGUGGACUGAAGGUUAUUAAAGAUGGUUUUAUCAUCUGUCUUUGAGUAAAAAGGAGUCAGCCAGUCAACAUCAUCAUUUGAUAAAAUAUUAGUCUGUCAAAAGUCACUAAAGCUGAUCUUGUUGUAAAGUGUCUCAGUCUACAUCAUUUCUUGUGCUUCGGGCUUAUAUCAAAAUUGAUUGAUUUAUACCCUUUACUUAAAGAAAUGAGUGAACAGACAACAUAUCAAAUCUGGAAAGAAAAACCGUUUUUGUCUGAUGAAAUUUAUGCGCUCAUUUUGAAUUCUGAGCAGGUUUCAUCAAGUCUGUACAGGGGCAUGUUAACCAAUGUGUUGCAAAACCCCCCUUUUUUAUUACAAAACUCUGUAAAUGUUUUAGAACUGAAGAAACCAGUUUUAGGAGUUACAGAGGUGAACUUUAGUCCCAUUCUUGCCUUAGGUAAGAAUCUACGCUGCUUAAAGUUUUAAGAACCUCACACUAUUUCUGAUUAAAUAUUACUGCAAGAAACAACUCUCCAGCUUUAAGGUGAAGGAUUACUUUUUUUUGUAAGUCUUGAUUGUGGUGAAUAAAGAUGAGCAGAUCCUCUUUUGAUUGACAGCCCAGUAUUCUCAAAUUUUACUUCAUCACAUUUGUGUUGUGUGUGUUUGUGUGUUAUUAGGUGAAGCAGGGAAUGCAGCGAGGAUGAUGCUGAUCCUCAACAUGGUGCAGGGCAGCUUCAUGGCCACUAUUGCAGAGGGUCUGACCUUAGCCCAGGCCACUGGCCAAUCACAGCAGACCUUUCUGGAUAUCUUGUGCCAGGGCCAGAUGGCAAGUACUUUCGUGGACCAGAAAUGCCAAAGUAAGUUCAUACAAAUGAGGGCCGAAGUUGCUCUUUUUUUGCUGACUUGAUACUCUCAUUAAUUAAAUUUCUGUGUUUGUGUUAUUUUAUCAAAGUUUUGAUUUUUGAAAGGUGUAUUUAAAAAUAUCAACUUGUGCUUUUCAGAUAUUUUACAGGGCAACUUUAAGCCUGACUACUAUUUGAAACAUAUUCAGAAGGACCUGAGGCUGGCUAUUUCCAUGGGCGACAUGGCCAACCAUCCAACCCCAAUGGCUGCAGCCGCCAAUGAGGUAAAUUUUGCUCCAAAAAUCAUGAAAUGAGAAUGAAUUAUGAUUCUAAAAAUGGAUUACAAGUCUUUUGCAGAAAGUUUGCAAUUCCAAUGAGUGGUUGAAUUUCCUGCAAGUGCCCACUACUACAAAAUAGAAGGACUAAUGAGAGUUAAGGCUGUUUUAGCCUUGUCGCUAGUGUGAAGCUUAGAGGCGUGAUGGCAGACGAGAGAAGUAGUAGUUUUGUUGGACAAAUAUGGCUGGAAAUUUUCUUUCUUUCACCGUUUUAAGUUUUGUAAUGACAGAACGAGUAAGCAAAACCCUUUUUUUUAUCGUAAAUUAACUUGUUUUGCUUAUUUUCUCAGGUUUACAAGAGGGCUAAGGCACUGGACCAGUCAGACAAUGAUAUCUCGGCAGUCUACAGAGCCUACAUUCACUAGAGCAAGCUGUGAUCUCUCCUCUGGACCACACAGUCUUUCAUCCCUUGUUAUGUGUCUCUUGUCAUGUAUUGAGUUUUUAAUUUUAAGUUCUCUGGAUUAUGUUUUCUUUUAACCCAAGCUCCGGUCAUGUUUCCUGCCCACAAAUCACGAGAUAAUUCCUUUUCUUUAAGGCAACCUUAAGAAUGCACUGACUGUACUGAAGGUGAAUAGGCUGUAAGAGUGCGACAGAUGAGGUUGUUCGACUGCAUUUCUGCAGUUCUCUGUAGGAGAGGUUUGUGUGGUUUUUGACAACUAAAAUUUUCUAGUAGUCAGUCUGGGUGUAUGACAAGGAUUCUGGGUCUUGUACCACUGAAAAAAGUGGGCUGCCAGACUCAUUGCUGUCUGGUUAAACGGAUACUCAAACCCUGAUGAUUUUUUUUUAAAGUGAUUUAUUUAAUUGCGUGUAAUCUUUGCUUUUCUUUGAAUUCUAUGGAAGAAGAAGAACACCAAGAACCUGCCACUGCAUUGCCUUAAUAUUGUAACCCCUUGAGUCUUUCAACAAUAGAUGUAUUUAUUUAUGUUUCUUUUAGGUCUACUCGGCAAGGUUUGGCAUGGCUUGUUUUUGUAUUUGAUGAAAGGAUGUUGCUUUUAUGUUGGUGUUAAUGAUCUUUCUCGAAUGGGUUUGGGAAAGAACAGUUGUAUUGAGGCCUUAAAAUGCAGUAACAAUUUAAAAUUCUUAUCAAGACUUGAGAUUAUUGUAUUUGAAACCCUUCAUUCUUAUGUUUGGAAGUGCAUUCAUCUUUUCAAUAUUUCACUUAAAUCAUGUGAAUCCUCCUGAUGAGUUUUAUUUUAAUUUAAGGUCGUCGUCAAGCGCGAAAAUCAUUUGUGUUUUAUUUUACUGGUAGUGGAAUUCAGAAGUCGUGGCUGAGUUUCAAGGGUGAAGUAUCGACUGUGGAGUAGGAGGAGGAUAAAAAACAAAGCUAAUGUAACAGUUUUAAGAAGGUUGAGGAAGCUAUUUUAAUUUCAAGACUGAAACCUUUAGCUGUAGAAUAAAUACAUUUGAUUUAGUUUGAAUGUCAUGAGUCAUCAACUGUUUAAACACUUAUAAGGGGUAGCUUAUUUUUUUUCUUUGUUCAGUGAUCCUGCUACCCACAGGGGAUCCUGGUCAGCUUGGCCCCUUUGUUAAAAACAAUCCGAAGAACCUGGACAGAACCAAGGCUAUGAACCUCUGCAGAUGGAUUAGUUCUACCACAGAGUUAAAAGACGCAUUUCACUUUUGUUGUGUCUGUUUAGGGUUAGGGUUAAAGGAUUUCUCUUCCUCUUGUCCUGUCUUUAAAGUUUGCAGACUCAAACAGAAGAUUACUGAUGCACUGCAGGGAAAUGUGUCACGUCCCGUAGUGUUUAUGGUAAACCAAAGUGCUUAAAAUGUUCCAACAGGAGUGUUUGGGUUGGAUUGUCUAAAUUACAUGAUAAGAGUUGACCUUGUCUGCAGUGUUUUAUAGCCCAACUACCAUUCUGGUUCCUCAGUCUGUUUGCCAAUGAAGGGGCUAAGCUGUCCGGCAUCCUCAGUGGAAAGAACCAUUCACUGUAAACUAUUUAAGCCCACUUAAAAAAGGGGGGGAAAACUAUCCCUUACAGCUUAAGUGUUUUUAACAUUUGCAUAUUUAACCAUCUAAAGCCCAUAACUGCAUGUGAACAUGAUUUUUUAUUUUAUUUACUCACCUUGAAAACAGUUUCAGGGUCAAAAUGAGGAGGAGGAUAAAAGGGUCACACAAAACAAAUGGGGGUGGGGGUGGGGGGGGGGGGGUAAUUCAGAUUUCAAUCUGGAACCAUGUCAGAAAAAUGCUAACAGACUGAUGAAGUGAUCACAGGUGAUGACAGAUGUUUUAUUUUGGCUGAUAAUGAGAAAUUUCAUUAAAAUCUACAACAAAGAGCACCGACCAGUUCACUCAAGGCUUUAAAAUGUCCACCUCACAUGUCUGCUUAUGAUUGGGAAUGUGAUCCAGAAUGCAAACACAUGUAAUCUCUCAAUUGUGUCCCAUGUUUGUAUCUACCUAAAGUCUGUACCGGUUAUACUGAACUUGGAUCUAUGUUACUUUAUGUCCAAACAGGUCGCAGGUUUCUGUCACUGCAGUGUUGAGAACUGUGAUUGAUACUAAUGUGGCUUUUGUGGGUAUACUUUAUGAUGUGAUAACAAAAUAGGCCUUGACAUUUUGGAAAGAAAUGCUUUUAUUAAUGCUUUGAGUAUAUUUUCACACUUAGGAACAACCAAAUCCAGUUUUACAAAAGUUGCAAACCAAUAUGCAGUUGAAAAUGACUAUGCGAAAGUGUCCAAGAAACAUGGCAUUGAUAUGCUGGCUCAAUCCAAGGAGCAGCCGAGUCUGACUCUUAGUCCUGAUAGAAGCACAAAUCAAACAAGUCGGGUUCCUGUCAGAAAACUGUUCCUUCCACCACUAAACCUGUCCUGUACACAUGGAGUGGUAUUCAGGAUUAAUAUGUAUGUGCUAGCAUACAUUUUGGAUUUCAUCAACAGUACAAAAUCCCCAUUAGGCAAGAAAUACAUGGGUUUGAUUGAAGGGCUCCCAUCCACAAGAAAUACCCAGAAAUUGCGAUAACUAUAUAUCAACUAUUCCUAAGACCCACUGUCAUCACCUUGAAUGUGAUCGACUCUUACAUGAUCAAGUUGUAGCAACAAGGCCUGAUGUGAAAGAUGAUGAUUUUAAGGUCCAAGGUUCCUUUUUUAUGAUCAGUUUACACUGUAAAUGAAUAAGUUCUUAUCAAGCUAAAUCAUUUAACUGCAUGUUAAGAAUCCAUUAUACCAUGUUGUAAGCUUUUAUGUUUGCCAAACAAUUUUAAUUUAGAUCCUCCUUACACACUCGAGUGUAAAGAACUGUUUAUAGAUAACAGAUGUAAAUAGUACAUAUGGUCUAGUAGGGUCUCUUUUAUAUCAGCAAUAGUUUGACUUUAUGGAAGCGGCAGUUUUUGAUUUUGACAGAGUGACUAACAUCUGUGUCUUAAUUCUUUAGGUUCGGUUCAAGUGUAAAUGGUUUAUAUGUGGCUUAUAUAAUCUGGUUUAUUAUCACAGAAAUUUCAGUAAAUUGGAUUUUGUUGAUUGGAGAAGAAUGCAACUUAUUUUGGGGGAUAUUUAUGAUUUGUGUACAUGUGGAAAUAUCAAGACUUUCGUGCUGUUGAAUAAAUUCUAUCCUGAUUACUGACAUGCUGACUAUCUGUUAA